AUGCCAAGCAAUGCGGCGCGGGAUGCGCGAAGGGCAGCGGCCCGCCUUGAGCAGCGGUUCGCGGACGUGAGCUCCUUCGGCGCCUAUAUGAUAGUCGUGUACACGCGGUUCGACUGUGCCGAUUUGAACCCUCUGAAUAUGGCGAUUCUCGUCGGAGAGGGUGUACGAGGCCACCCGACUGUAAUGCUGCGGCUUUACAAUCAGAUGGAUGUAUGUGGGCAAGGUUACCAUUUCGAUGCGCUAGUGGAAGAUGCCAUUGCUAGAAACGGGCAGGGAUGUGCGCCGGCGGUGCACAAGGUUGUACCCGAGGUGGCAGUGCGUGUCGAUGAGCCUAACUGGACGUCGCCCCCGGACCACACAGAACUGCGCGCAGCGCUAGGAGCAUUCCUGCGUGGGCGCGGAGCAGACGGACUGAGCGUGGCAGCAAGCGAUGUCGAGCGCGUAGCAGCGGCGUGGAAUCGUCGCGAGGACCUCGCAGGGAUACUGUUGACGCUCAUGCAGGCUGGGUUAGUUUUUUCAGAUUCGACACGUGUGUGCGCUCGCAGGCUUGCGGCGGAAUUUCUUGGUUUUGUAGCCACGUACUGUGCUGGAGCGGGACGGAAACUGGGGUCCAGCGAUCGUGGCACGGCAAACGGAACGAUGUCAAACACAGCGCCAGUGCGCGGGGUUGGACCGGGAUGGAAACUGGGAUCCAGCCAGCAUGUCGCUGCAAAUAGUACAGAGUCGAACACAGCGCUUGUGCGCGAGACUCACAGCGUGGAGGCUGCGUCGUCAGCAGCAGCUGCACGUGUCGACUCAAGCAGUUCCAGUGAGGCUGGCGACGAGAUGGACGUGGACGAGCCACGCGUGUCGGCGCUGGUUUCGGGGCGGCUGGUCCCGGAGUGGCUGGGAGAGGCCCUGGAGGAGUUUGUACGUUUGCGCGCGAAUCGGACGCAGCAGGUUCCGUCGCAACUGGCAGCCGCGCCAUUGAUUUCGGCGUUGUGGGACUCUGACAUAGACCUCGGUCGAAAACUGCAGCAGAUCAUGGCAGGAUACUGCUUCGCCCGUGUUGCGGCGUUUGGUGGUUGCGGGCGAAAGCAAGGCGGGUAUCCGUCCGCCAAGCCGGAGUUGGCGCCCGGUUGCGAAGAGAAUCGACGCGGCAUAUGCAAAUCAGACAGUUUGGCGCCCGAGCCACUGCCAGGUGAGGAUAUGCACGACGAAUCGAAAACGGAGAAGCCCAAACAACAAGAACCUCUGCUACCGCGCCGCGUGACCGGCAAGCAAAGUUGCGCCGCUUACCCGUGUCCAGAAGUACCGGAUGUGGACGAAUUUGUCGUCCGGGCUAUGUCGCCUGAGAACAGUCCAGAUCCACGUGCUGCGUAUGAAGCGGAGGUGGCGCGCGUGCGUGGUCACAUGCGGCGGUGUCCGCUUCUGCCGUUCGGCAAAGAAACGCUAGCUGUGUGCGAUACGGGGGCCGAUCUGCCGAAUGCGCAUUGUGCCUUUGUGGGCUGUGCUUGGACCGGAGACUGCGAGGACGAACUGCGAGACCACGUCAAGAAAGAACACAUGAAGCAACUGCGCGCUGCAGUGGCCCAUUUUCCGGGACGCGGUGCCCAGGAUGAAGCAAUCAUGAGCACGUACUCCGCAGCAGUGUCCAUGCAACGCCAAACCGAGGCGCCCGCAGCGUGCCUUAGCAUGGAUCGACGUUGUCUGCGGGAGUUUCACAUUGCACUUGGUGACAAAGAAUUGGGUUCUUUGGUUUGCUUUGCCUGUGCGCGCCGUUUCCCGUUCGACGGACGGUCGGGCAACGCAGACAUAGACUGGCAGACGUUGGGUGGCGGCGAUGGCAAAGUCUUGAACUGCUCCGCCGCGGAGCUUGAAAACAUUCUGGGCUUGGAGACGUACAAAGAUCGCUACGCCUCGACAAAGCUGAACAACGAGGUGGCUGCCGAGAGAAUGAAGCAGGAGCUGCUGGACUGGCGAUGUGUAGUUACAUGUGAACAGCAACGGAUCAGCCUACUAUGCUGCCCUGAGGAUCGCCGUUGCCAGGUCUGUCCAGCAGCGUCGGCGGAGUGCUGCGAGAAGUGUGAGGUGCCACUGUGCCGUUUUUGCCGUACUGACGUCAUUCACAGAAACGUGAAGCCGCCGCAAGCACUUUCGAAUGACCUAAUGAUAUACUAUGCGCCGCGGGAAAUCUUCGAGCUGAACGCGACGUUCAUGGAAUUGGUGUGUGCAAGUCCGUGCUUGACAACGAUGGUGUGCUUCAGCUUGGAGAAGAAGUACCGGGGUUUGCGGCCUAUGGACCAAGCUGCGCAGAGCAACUCGAAUCGGUUGGCUGCUCGCGGCAACGCCACGACUUUUCCUUUGCCAUGGGAAAGCAUUCUGACGCAACUAGAAAGGCUCCGGGCGGAGGAGGGCGAGGAGCAAUCGUCGUCGCUCGAACUCCCGCGUCUUGGUCCGGAGUUGAGUGAGUUCAUGUCCGUGCUGCUGAAGACGGGCGAUCAAGAGAUCACUCCAGCUGCGCUAAAAAAAUUCGUGCAUGCAGCCACGGUUCGAAGGUCAGUCGUGUUGGAAUUGAUUCGCAACGCACGCACGAGAGGACACCGUGCGUUCCGAAAUGUGUGCGUGAAGAAAGUAGAGGCUCGCGCACAGGCUCUGCCCGAAAACGACAUCCCGGCCGAGUUAAAAGUGAUGCUGCCGUACGACGAGGACAUCGAUUUCUUGCAGCCGCAGAAGAACGCCACGCCUUCGGCGUCCACGCAAGACGAGGACGCGCUUGCUGCGCGCAUGCAAAACCUCAAGCCAAACGCUGUGGUUCUCGAGAAAAGCUGCGCGCCGGACGCGGACGUGAACUCACGGAAGACUGCGGCGCUGCUCGCAGUGGCUGCCGAGGCGCGUGAGUCCAAAGAAACGUCGAAGCACCGGGCCCGAUUAUGUGUCGCAACGGGUACACAGAUGCUGGAUCAAUUCGAGCCAUGGUACUUCGGCGUGGCUUUUGCGUAUCUCUUUAAGUACUGCACUGGUCUUCCGGAUCCUGCGGAGUUUACAGGCAAGCCGCGUUGGCGCCGGCUCGACGACGAGCCGCGUGUGGAACUUGGUGAGUGGGUUCGAAUCAUGGCGCGACGAGUCGAGUCGCAGCUCGGCCGAGAUUGGGUAUUUGGGUUCACGACGUGGAAUGUUUUGUUCAAAUCGGCCGUCAACCUGUCUCGCACGGUCUAUGUGAUGGGUGGGCCGGUGUAUGACGAUGUCCGCAAGGGUCACCGUCCAUUGUCCGCAUCGGACAUGGAAAAGGCUGCAAUGGAUCUGCUCGCGGCUCUGUCCGGGCAGUACGUGGACGCGGGCGGACGCGUUCAGAAGGUGAACGGCGACUUAACAAAGGUGGGGCGUGUCGCCGGGUUGAGUUCGACUGCUCAAAAGAUGCUGCGCAGCAUUUCUGGUACGGCGAAGCACCUUCCGGGGACGCAGGAAGCGCGAGCCAAGAUGCGACACGAAAUUGAAGCCAUGCGCGUGCGCUACGGCACGCCUAUUUUCGUGACAAUGUCUCCCGACGAAGCUCAUCAGCUGUUGUUCGUGCGUCUGAGCCGGGGGCGCGUGACAGACCCAUGCCAUGCUCGCGAUACGCCAGAUUUGGUCGCUGCGCGUGGUCGCGACUGGCCGCCGCUGUGCCACGACUUAACUUUGCCCGUCGCCGGGUUGGUCGAAACCCUGCGCCAGGACGUACCGACGUGGCAGGAGAGGAGAGCCAUCUUGGCACGCGACCCUUUGGCAAGUGUCGACGGCUUUCGCGUGUUGAUGUCGUUGGCCUUGCGCCAUCUCUUUGGCGUGCGUUUUUGCAGUCGGUGUCCUGAUUGCAAUCGGCGUUCAUCCGGCCAGUGUCAAGACGCGCUGGGGUGCGGAGCGUCUGCAGUGGGGGGCGUGUUCGGCCGCGUGGAUGCUGUGUACGUUGCCAUAGAAGCACAGAAAUCAUCAGGCAGCCUCCACGGGCACGCGCAGGUUUUUAUUCAAUGUCUGCAUCAGCACAACAGCUUGACUGAGGUGUGGGAUGAAGUCGAGCGCCGAGGGGAGCAGCUGGUUGACGACUACAAGCGCUACGCUGCCCAUGUUAUGUACGGCACGCACAGCGCGCGACCGGAGGUCGUUGAAGAAGUGUUGCAACGACUCCGGACAACAUGGCCCGACCAUAGUGAUGACUGGGCUUUGGUGAACCGCCCCUGCUAUCUUCUGCAGCGAUGCACGGGGAGCGUAGACGAGGCAGAAGAUGCGCGACAGUGGACGACGUCGUAUUUGGCGCAAGAUGUCCUGGCUGUUCAACUUCGGAAGCAACACCACGUGCACAAAUACAAGGCCGAGACAAAGCAGUACGAACCGCUUACAGGCUGUCGGCGCAAAGACAAACCGGGUCUUUGCAAAGCAGAUUUUCCACGUGAUCGUUGGCUGACUGCCAGCAGUCACGUGCUAUGCCCAUGUACCCUGGCUGAGUUCGAUAUGCCCAACGGCGGACGCAAGAAUCGUCUGGGGUCUUUGCAUGGUCCGUACAGUCACGCGUGGUUGAACAUGACACACCCAGCGCUGCUGGCAGCGCUCCGAUGCAACUCGGACGUACAGCUGCCUUACCGGCUGCCGGUUAUGUGUGAGAAAUGCAGAAUCAGCGCGCCGCGCCUGCGCAGACGUGCGCUUCUAGCAGCUCAACGGGCGCAGGACGCGCAGACUGGCUACUCCUGCGAUUAUUGCGGCAAGAACCAGCCCAUGGCGUAUAAGGAAAUCCAGGAAUUCCGAAAGGGGCACCAAAACCUGCAUGCCACGCACGCGCAGGAGGGGCCGGGCAAGUUGGGUCGCCGCCACGUCUGUCGCUUCCUAUCUGACGCAUAUUGUAAAGGGAUCGUGCGUGGCCAGGUGGAGUGCUGCAACUUGCGUGCCACAUACCAAGACACGUACGCUGUUGCCGCCGAGAGUUUGCGGACCAGCCCGACGGUCGCUUUCAUGGGUGCACAGUACUUGGCUCUUGUGAAACAAGUCCAAGAGCAAAAAAAUGUCGUGCCCCGACAGCGGGCAUUGACUUUGGUUCGACGGCACUCACGCCGUGGACGCGUGCUGGAGGCCAAAGACGUUGCCCUUCUGUACGCGUUGCGUCCCACCGACAAGGAGCUGUGGUUUCUUUCCCCGUACGAGCUGACUGUUCACUGGGACGUCGUGCCAACACGCGUGCCGAGCGUGCUGUCCGACCUCGGGCACGACGGUUGCCGCUGGGACGUGGAAUUGACGGACGCGGGACACGAGAAGAUUGUGGCCGCAGCCGGCGCAAAGGCAGCGCUGGAACCCGUCGUCGACUUUCGCCUCAAAGACAAGUUGCCGCGACACGCCGUGGCCUUCGAUGCAGAACCUGAAACCUCGGUUCUGCGACAUCUAUGGAUGUUUAAAAAGCGUCUACGGCCGGAGUGCCCAACAUUCGAGUACUGCCCAAGGCCGCGCAGUCGCGAAGAAAUGCGGGAAGAGAACGCAAGGAUUACCAGCGUGUAUUUUCGGCCCUGGACGUUGCGGGCGCGGAGGGCAACAGAACAUGUGCCGCACCUGAAGGCCUUGCGGGGAGACGAUGGAUGGGAAACUGCCCUGCGGCAGUGGAUGGACGGAUGUAUCCUGUGCGCAGAAUCCAAGAAUUAUGUCAGCAAUUUUCUCAGCGUGCACCGCGUGCGACCGGCCGAUGCAACGAACGAGGCAAACAGCGACGAUGCAGCGAGUGACCCGGAUGUGGACUUGGUCGCCAGCGACGUCGCCGAGAUAUUUGCCAAGUCAGCCACAGGCACAGGAGGGACUCGUGAAACAGCGAGUGCGCAGGCGCUACGUGCGCGCGCGUUCGACAGCGUUUGUUCCCAAGUUGAAGCCACGUGGGGUUCUGCCGCCACGGGCCACGACCAAACCGUCUUCAGCAGCAACGAGCCGGUCAUCAUGUCCGGGGACAUGAAGACGGCGGCAGCGGAUGCUCGAGCAAGCCAAAGAAACGUCGAGCAGGUGGUGCGAUCUUGGCUCCAGGAUGUGCGGGUACGGUGCAACACUGAGCAGUUUGCGUUUCUGGAGAAGGUGGCGGCGAGAGUACUGCGUGAGGAACAUGACGUGAGCCUCUAUGGCGACGACGACAGGGCGCAAGCCUCGGACGACAGCCUGCGAUGGGUGCUGCACGGGGGUCCUGGGACAGGAAAAUCGUACGUCUUAAAACUGCUCAAAGAAGAACUUUUCGAAUCUGUCUUGGGCUGGCAGCGUGGCGUGCAGUUCGAGGUUGUAGCCCUUCAAGCGACGAACGCAGAUGCCCUGGACGGUGACACAAUUCACCGCGCGCUGUCCCUCGGCGUCUUCACCGCCGACGCGGAAGACAGCUGGCAAACGUUGGAAGAUCUGGCGCAGCGAGCAUUACUUUGGCGCUGGGUGCUCCUGGACGAGUUCAGCAUGGUCAGCGCGGAAUUGCUUGCACGGUUGGAAUUAAAGUGUCGCGAUAUAGUGCGCGAUGCGUCCAGCACUAAGUUUCAUGACGGCGCACGGCUGCAGCGCCCUUUCGGCGGACUGAACAUAAUCUUAAGUGGAGAUUUGUGGCAGCUGGAGCCCCCAAGUGGAACAUUCCUGGGAGCGCUUCCAACAGCCAUGCUCGAAGAGGGUUGCGUCAGGCGAGGGCCCACAGCGGCGUACGGUCAGUUAUUAGUCUGGGGCGGUUCUCACCACGGCAUACAGGGCGUGACAGAGUUGACGGUGUGCGAAAGAACAAAAGACGAAUGGUUGCGGGAGAUGCAAGACGAGAUGCGUGUCGGUAAGCUCAGCGACGACAUGCACGCAUUUCUCCAUGGUGAGCCCACAACAGUUCCAGGGAGUUGGUGCCGUGGGGAUGUUCUGUGUGGAAAUCCAGCAUGCCGGGCUCUUCGGCGAGCCCACAAGCCGACAGAGAUAAUGAUGCAAGAGUGCAAGAUUUGCCGCGAGGAACGCACAAGCCGCCGUUUGCUCAGCUACGGACCGCAGGACACGAGGUACACGCGCGAGUUCGCGUCGGCGCCAGCCAUUUUCGCCACGAACGACAUCAAACAUCACGUCAAUAAACUUCGCGCAGCUGCGUUCGCGCGCGAGCGCGCGCAGCGGCUCAUACUUUUACCAGCCCGGGACAAAAUCAGCGCAGCUGCCCUUCGGGAGAAGCCAGAUCUCCCAGCAUCCAAAAAACACUGGCUCAAGCGACACGACCGUGCUUGCGGUAGCCUUUAUGGACUGCUGCCGCUUUGUGUGGGGAUGCCUGUACGUCUCACGGAUCACAUCGACCGCGGCAACAAGAGUCUAUUGAAAGGACGUCUCGGACUGGUGCGCGGAUGGCAAUCGGAGAGCGACACGAACAUAAACGAUCUCGGCAGUGUCUCUAGUUUUCAAAAGAUGCCAGACGUGGUCUGGGUGGAAUUCCCUUUCCAAAAGCAGACUUGGAAGUUGAAGGGUGUUCCGCUCCCGAACGUUUACCCAGUCGUCCCGCGCAGUGGCACGUGGUAUCUCGACAGCAACCGCAAACGCUCCAUGCUUCGAAUUUGUCGUCGCCAGGUGCCGCUGGCGCCGGCUUUCGCACUGACAGCGCACACAGCGCAGGGCAUGACGCUGGAGGAAGGCGUUAUCGCGGACUGCGAUUUGCCACCUGGCGCGCACAUAAUAACGUGUUACAUCACCGUGACGCGCGUUCGCGAACGGAGAAAGCUGCUUAUCUCCCGACCGUUUGCGUCGGCCCCGUUCCAGCAGGGCCUCACCGGUCAGCGAGAUUUGUUGUUGCAGUGCUGGCGUGGCAACCCGCCGGACUGGGCGGCCAUUCGGGCGCGAUACAAUGUCACAAAGCGGUGCAGCACAUGCGACAUCCACAAGCGCACGAACGCCUUCACCAAGCCCCAGUGGAGCGCGGAGGAUACGACGCGUGUCUGCAAAAAAUGCGUACAGGCCUUCGUUGAACAAAACAAGCCCUGGCGAUGCGCUGUGUGCUUGAACUUCCAGGAGAUAAUUUGUUUUCCGAAGGAAGCAAAAAACCCGAAAAAGACGUGGACACGUGUCUGCAAUUCUUGCAUGGCAGUACGACGCUGCGGUCGGUGCGGGCUAGAUCGGAACGCAAACAUGUACAGUGAACGAAUGUGGCGGCAGGGCAAGAAAACCGGGCAUUGCAAACUUUGCCUUCGGCAACGCGGCGUGAAGCCCCGCCCGGUGGUUCGAGUCAAUUUCGCGCGCGCGCGCGCCGCUUUGUUGCUGCCACGCAGCGAAAACACGCCAUCAAGAAUGUAUGGAAAGAGGUCCAUGAGGUCCUUCGAAAAAGACAUUCGCUGA